UUUAAGUAUGUCUACCUUCCAAAUAAAUAUAGAGAUCGACUUUCAAAAAUGCGUAACAAGCUCCACAAAUUGGGCGCUGCUUCUAGCCGCAUUUUGGACAUUCAUUACCCAACACUAGGAAUUGUUGCGGUUCUCAUCCAUAUCGGGUAUUCUGAUGAAUUCAAUAGACUUUUAGGCAAAUGGGAGAUUGCACCUCUCCACAAUUUCAAUCCAUUAGAUCCUCAACACCUUCGUGAUCGCAAGCUCCUCGAAACUUUGACAAAUGACGAAGAACGUGCAACAAAAUUGAAGGAGAUCCACCAACAACGACUGACCUGUGCUUUAGAAUAUAUGCGAGAGCAUGCUCGCCGACCAAUGGCCUUUGAUUUUGUUUUUCGAGGCUGGCUCACUGCAUGUAAGGUUCAAUCAGCUUUCACUGAUGGGACCUUUCGCAUAAAACAAUAA